GGUGAAGAACUUGGAACAAGGCAGAGCUGCAGGGUGCUUUUUUUCCAGCCUCCUCCUCCUCCUUCUGGUGUCUCCCUGCUGGAACAUGCAGGCUCAUGUUCACUGUCUGUGGUGUCUAUAUGCUAUUAAGGUGGCUCACAUAUAGUUUACAUACAGACAUCUCAAUCAGUUAUUUAAGCAAACAGUGUUUGUGUAACCUCCAAAGUUACUAUGAUGAAUCUGUUCGACCAGUAAGGUUAAUUAAGCUGGUGGGGUAGAGGUGAUGUAAAGUUGACCGUACAGUCCUUAAGUUUACAGAGGAACCCCGUGAGACUCGUGCAGAGCCUCCCUCUUCUCUGAUUGGCUCUGGCAGAGUUUUUUGGUAGUCGGGGUUUGUCGCUGGCUGAGGUCUGCAUGCAGAAACACAACUCUGCCAGUUAGUUUGAAAGCAGAAAAUUCUCUUGACACCGACGUGCAGCCUGUCCUAUGCAGAAAUUCUCUAGUGUCAUAUUUCUGUACCGCAAAUUUAUUGCAUUAGUGAUUUAGUUUGGAACGUCAAAUAAGAUAAUUAUAUGUACAACAGUACUUUGGUCAAAAAGGUACAGCAUCUCCUUUUUCAGUGUUGACAAGUUGACUGUAUUCUUUUCUCAAAGGGUUAAAAGGUCCUAUAUUUUGGCUAUAUAGACCUCCGUACCGUGACUCUCUAACAUGGACUUAGUAUAUAUGUGUCAAUUUAAUAAAAACAUUAAAAAAAAAACCACCUUGGUUUUGUCAUAAGAGUGUCCAAGGCCCCUCUGACAGCUACUUCUGUUUGACCCAGUUUUGUAUCUGCUUUGUCCAUAUUCGGCGAAGACCGCCGCCUUUCCUGUGAUUGGUUCUCUCCAUGUAGAAGACCCACUUGUGAAAGCACAUGUUUGUUAAGGCUGAUGUCACUGCGGCUGCCCCGCGCGUAGUUUGCCUUUAUACUCGAGCGCAACGCUCGCGUGCAGUUUUGAAAAUGUGCUGCAGUUCACCUCCGAGUCGGGGGUGUCGCUACAGCUGGUAUUUGCUAGGACACCACAGGGUGGAGUUACCUCUACAUUUGUUUGGCCAUAUAGUAGGCUAAUCAAAUGCAUGCAUCUCACUUAGCCAGUGUUUCCCAACCUUUAUUUAACCAAGCCACAUAUUUCAUAUGGGAAAAAAAUUAAUGGCACACUACCAAACAAAGCACAAAGAAGUGGAUACACAAUACCUUCUCCCAUCUCGUGGAAGAGAAGUGAAUUGUUCUGCCUCUCAGUAUAUGUCACUGUCAUAGAUAGACAGAUGACCACGGAUACAUUAUUUGUAGUAAAUAAAUAAUGUUUGACUAAUUAAGUGAAAUUGGAUCAUUUCCCGCAGCACACCUGAUGAUCUCUAAUGGCAAGACACAACUGGUUUAGAAUCACUGCUAAACAACGUAUUAGCAGUUAGCAAUGUACAAACAAACUCGCAUUACGAUGCUCUUCUGGAAAUCACAAUCAUGGAGUCGAGUGCAAACUGACUAACUCGUGUAUAAAAAGAAGUUAACCACAUUUAGCACCUGUUGGUUAUGUCUUGCAUCAUUCUCCAUGCACCAGGAAGUAGCCGGCUAACUAACAAAAUGGACACAUUUUUUGCCCCCUACUUUAGGCAGCUUUGGCGGAGGUCUUUGCUCGACUGAGUGCCAUUAUUGUUGUCUUUUUUAAGAUACAUAUAUGCAUCAAUUGACUUGACAGCUUUCUUUAGUUCAUCAGCUUAAUAAAAAUGACGGUCAGAGACUGAUGAAACCUAAAUGGGCCUAAAAGAGAAAACGAGCUUCCAACUAAUUUGGAAUUCUUCUUAAAUGGAGCUUCACAGUCAGGGCAGAUGAGCACAAGGCUGGACAGCUUUCUGGCUUGAAUUCUUGCAUUGUAUGACUUGGCCUUGUGUGGCCUCUGGAAUUCUACCACACUCACCCCACCACCGCCUCUCGUCUCCCACCUCUCAUACACACACACACACACACAUGCUGUGAUUUAUUGCUUUAUUUAUUUUAUGCAAUACUGACUCAUUUCUUGUGCUUUAUAUGAUUCACAAACAUCAAAUUAGAUUUCUGUGAUAUUUGAUUUGGUUUUGGCAUCUGUUUUGCUUGCACUGCAAUCUGCAUUACUAAUCUAAUGUAAAUUGGGAAAUUUGCUUAUGCAAUAGUAAAUGCUUCAAAAUGUUUUUUUUUUUUUUGGCACCAUGUUUGGAAAAUGUCUCCUACUUUUACUAUGUAGAAGAAACAGUGAAAUACAAUGUAUGUGCCACUUUGUUUAUGCUAACCAACAGUUUCUGUCUAUGGUGAAUUCAUUGGCAGUGGCACCUUAAGAGAGUGUGCCUCUUCGUUUCGUUUUUUUUUUUUUUGGCCUCCCAGAAACAAGUUGCGGGGACACCGCUGUAAAUAGCCGUGGGUGUGGAUGGAGUUUGGCCUAUAUCGGGACUUGACUGAUUGAACUCGGAGUCUGUAAGCAGACGCUUAUUUACUUGGACCAGGGACUGUCUGUCACUAUAUUGAUAACUGGAGAUACAUAAGCACUUUUAAAUGUGGAAUUACCAGUCAUAUGGGCACAGUCAGGACUAAAUGUUUCAAUAAAAUAAAAGUAUAAAAUAAGCCUUUAAUAGUCUCUUUUUGGGGAAAUUCUCUGUUUAAACCACUGUGACGUAGACAAUAGUACCACACAAGAAAGAUGCUAUUAAAAAUCAUAGGUCCCCAAAUAUCUGUGUCCAUAAAAUUCAUCCAUAGGUGUCUGUAAUUAACUCGAAUGAUGUCAAUAGACAUAUCAGAAGCUUCCAAAGACCUGACAUCAUCAUCUGGGUUUUCCUAAAUUGUUUAAAGGCAUUGUAAUUUUACUGUAUACUGUAUUUGACUUUGAAGACAGAAGUGAAAAAUUGUCUAAAAAAAUCCUUCUCUCAUUAUUCUAGCAUUCAGCAAAUAGAAAUAAUGUUGGUAGUCCCAAUUGACCUAAAACAGGAAACGGUUUGUCUGGUUUCAUGUCAGACAGUGAAAACAAAAAUUUUUUGUCUUUUUAUAUAUUGUAUGUAAACUUCUGGUUUCACCUGCAUGACAUUUAUUUUUCUAUUUUUUCAAUUUAAGAUGGAAUGUCGCAUUGUAAGCUGAUUUAUUUAUUUUUUUCUGUGGCAUGUGUUCAUACACAGGAUCAUAAACAAUUGUUUAGGUUUUGUUUGAAACAUGUUUCAUUUUUGGCUAAUGUGCCUGAAAUGUACUCUUCUGUUGGUAAUAAAUAUCUAUCUGACUGUAGAGUUGGCUUAUGUUUAACAAAUGUAAAUAUAAAAUGUAUGUUAUUGCCUUUAAUUUGAUCCCUUCACUAUUAUGAGAGAGUAUUUUGUCUGUGUAUUGCAUAUAAUAUGAUCGUUAUGAUGAUGUACUUGGAAAUAUGUAACAGUGUUGUAAGGUAAUGGAAAAGCUAGUAAGUGUUUGAUCACUACUUUUGAAAAAAAUGGCAUGUUCACAAAAAAAGCACGGUUUUAGUUGCAGCAGCAAGUAAAAGGUUAACAGAAAAGUUUUUUGAGCUGAAGACGGGCAGCAAAGGGAAGAAGGCAGAAUUAAAAGCCUUAUUUUCACAUGGACAUGCCAUCUUGGAGUCCACUUGGUAAUUAUAAUCACUCUGUCAUUCGUUCACUCUUCUCUCUGUUGCCUACCACCAGCGUCAUGGCGGCGGCAGCCUCGCCCUCCUCCGGCCUCCUGCUCUUCCUUCUCACGUCCUCCCCGGCCUGGUUCCCGUCUCCGGGCUCGGCCUUUGUCACCGACUGGCACCACAUGACACCAUCAGCUCCUGUUGAACCUCACUUCACUAACUGCAUAUCCCGAGACCAGGUGACAUUCAGCUGCUGGUGGACUCCCGGAAGCUUCGGCAACCCGUCGGAUCCCGGCGCGCUGAGGGUCUUCUACCAGAAGCGAGUCAUAGACUCCCCCACCAAGGACGAAUGGAAAGAGUGUCCACACUAUUUCCACUCGAGGAGGGAGUGCUUCUUUGACAGAAACCACACAACUAUUUGGACCACCUACUGCUUGCAACUGCGCAGCCGAGACAACAUCACCUAUUUCAACACGGACGACUGCUUCACUGUGGAAAACAUUGUACGUCCUGACCCUCCAGUGUCUCUCAACUGGACCUGCCUGAACGUGAGUCCCUCCGGGCAAAGUUACGACGUCGUGGUGACGUGGGAGCCGCCCCCCUCUGCAGAUGUCGCAGUUGGCUGGAUGCACAUAGUCUACGAGGUCCAGUACAGAGAGAUGAACAGCACCAACUGGGAGGCACUGGAGGUUCAGCUGCAGCCUCAAACCCAGCAGACAAUCUAUGGACUCCAUGUAGGAAAAGUAUACGAGGUGCACAUCCGCUGCAGGAUGAAGGCCUUCACCAAGUUCGGAGACUUCAGUGAAUCUGUCUUUAUUGAAGUGUCCAAGAUUCCCAGCAAAGAUUCAUUUUCUCUGCUCACAUUAGUUAUUGUUUUGGGAGUUGUGGCCGCCGUCAUACUCAUUAUGUGGAUUGUUGUCUCACAGCAGCACAGAUUAAUGGUAAUUCUGUUGCCACCAGUUCCGGCGCCCAAAAUUAAAGGUGUGGAUUCAGAGCUGUUAAAGAAAGGAAAGCUGAACGAGCUGAACUUCAUCCUGAGCGGUGGAGGGCUGCUUGGCAGUCCUAUGUAUUCACCAGAAUUUUACCAAGAUGAGCCAUGGGUGGAUUUCAUCGAGGUGGACGUGAAGGAUCCGGACACCGGGGAGAAGCAGGACGACCAGGCCUCGGACACCGAGAGGCUCUUGGGGGGCUCUCCGCAUGUCAGACAGCGAGCGGGGUGCUCCAACGCCCUCAGCGACCGCCUGAACAUAGACGACGGCGCGCUCACGUCCACGCUGCUGCCGGGCCAGCCCGACAACAAAGAAGCCUGCCUGUGCGUCGACUCGGAGCGAGGGGAGAGGCCCCCGGCGCCCUCAGGUCCUCAGACAUGGGUCAACACGGAUUUCUACGCCCAGGUCAGCAACGUCAUGCCCUUCGGGGGCGUGGUCCUGUCCCCUGGCCAACACUUACGAACGCAGGAGAGCGGCCCAGCCUCGAACCAGUCCUCGAAGAAUGAGAAGAAAGAUGGUGAGGAGGAGGAGGAGAAGAAGCAAAAGGAGCUUCAGUUUCAGCUCCUGGUGUUGGAACCGGACUCCGAGAGCAGCACCCGACAGAUUAUCCCCCCGCCUUACUGCUCCUUGCCCGGCGAGAGCUGCCGGUCCAUCGAGCCUCGGCCGGCCGAAGCCUACCAGUCGCCUUACGUCUCUCCCGACUCCCCGCAGGCGCAGCUCUUUGCCCCCGUGGCGGACUACACGGUGGUACAGGAGCUAGACAGUCAACGCAGCGUUCUGCUCGACCCGCCGAACCUCCAGUCGGCGCAGUCGUGCCGACUGGAGCAGCACCCGCUCAAAGCCCUCCCGGCCAUGCCCGUGGGGUACGUCACCCCGGACCUGCAGGGCGCGCUCUCGCCUUGAAUGCAAAGUGCUUAGAGCGGGAAGUCGGCUGACUCCUGCCGGAAGUCAAACGAAUCGCAGUGAGCCGGGAGAGGACUUGAACGUGCGCCCGCUGUCCUACAUCCGCUCCCCCAAAAAUGUAUUUGCUGCGCUUCUUGUUCUGUUUCCUUGCAAACGACAGAGGAGAGACAUUUUAAAGAAGCAAUACGCAUAAGUUUGGCGCAUAUCGUUAGAGAGUCGCCCAAGUCUUGACCUCGCAGAGAGAAGCACAGUUUCCCUGCCGCACAAGUUGCAAAAGAAGCAUCCGCUGUUGUUUAUACCUCUUAUUAUAAUCCACAUAAUUGGCACAACUUUAAAAAUCUACAUCCUUAUAAGAGAUGUAGAACUAUUAAUAUUCUGCUAAAACAGAGCAAGAAGCUAUUUGAUUUUUGUUAUUUUGCUGCAAACCUGCAUUAAAACCUUUUUUUUAUAAUACAGUGGACCCCCGCUUACACACGGUUCACCUAUUUGCGGAUAUUUUUUCAAUAUUUGUUUUACCGGUUUUUCUUUUUCUUUUUCUUUUUUUCCCUUCCUUUCUUUCAUGGACCCAACACCAAAAGCCUGCUUCUUCAAGAAUUGUUUUGGUUUAAAUAAAUAUGUAUGUGUAUAUAUAAUACGUAUACACAGUAUAUAUAGUCACCAGCCGAUCGCAGCUAAUAUAUACCCAAAGAAAUCACUUUCAUUUUAAAAUGUGGCCAAGUUGUGAAUAAUGUGGGGCUUGAGUGUAUACACACGCGCUGACAAUUUCUUUAUAGUAACUGUGAUAAACAAGCUCCAACACAUGGCAUUACGGUGCCUUGCUGGAGGCUGCUGUGAGGCGUUCAAGGAGACCAAGGAAAGUGCCAACGAGGCUGAUGACCAAAGGGAAAGCACAAUGCAGUUUAUGGACAUUUAUUGGCAGGAACGGGAUUUUCCCCUUGAUCCUGGCCUCGUUUAAUUUUGAUUUUACUCGCAUGAAUCUUACAUACUGUCCUUUAAGAAGGAACUGCAGCAACAAUACUUUGAAAGCUUCUGUACAUGCAGCACACACACUAACAACCAAUACCAACUCAUAGGCUACACACUUAUAAUGUUAUGUUAAUGUUUUCAUAUUCUGUAUGUUUGUGUCAAAUAAUUCCGGGAUGGCGACUGGACAGAGUCAAAAGAAUGUCAAGGCGUGUCGUUAGGUCUAACUAAACGCAGUGUUAACAACCGCUUUUGCCACGGUUAUGUGAAUGGCUCGUCAUGCCUGUGUUGAUGUAUCUUUAACUGAUCAUAGUAAUAAUAAUAUAAUAAUUAUAGGAUUUUUUUUUGUUUUUUGUUUUUGCCUGGCUAUAAAAUAAUUGUAAAGGCGGCAGUGUGUUUAGAUGAACUGGUGAGGCAUCUCUGUGCAUACAUCCUCGCAGAAUACAUUUAGGAUAUUGGUACACGUGGACUUAAAUGUAGUAGAAGUUGCAAAAGGGAAUUUGUUUAAAAAGCUGCCCAGUUGUAACUAUGCUUUUCUGUUUGUUUGUUUGUUUGUGGUUGAAAGUGGAGUCAGUGACAAGUGGAAAAGCUGUGAAAAUGUUUUAUAAAAGGGCUCGUGAGGUGACAAAUUGAUUUAUCAUUGUACUGGUCAUAACAAUAAUGUUGGAAAUCAUUUGAAUACAAUGCGUAUGCAACACAAAUUCUACCGUUUUUUUUUUUUUUGUUUUUUUUUAAAUUAUAUCUGGAACACAGAAAAUACAUUUUAUGUAGAUUUAUUUUGGUUAAUUGAAUACUCUAAAUUGCCCGUAGGUGUGAAUGUGAAUGCGAAUGGUUGUUUGUUUCUAUGUGCCCUGCGAUUGGCUGGCGACCAGUUCAGGGUGUACCCCGCCUCUCGCCCAGAAAUAGCUGGGAUAGGCUCCAGCACUCCUGCGACCCCAGUGAGGAUAAGCAGUACGGAAAUCAAUGUAGAUUUAUUUUUAUUUUGUCUUACUAAUCCCAAAUAUAUUGCUGUGUUGAAGGGUCAUUUAAAAGGGGACUAAAGCCAAGUUUGGAGGUGGCAAGAAUACAUUGUAUGUACCCCCACUUCUCUAAACACGGUAUUCUGAUUAAUAUUGUGUGUGUGUGUGUGUGUGUGUGUGAGAAAGUAAGUCUGUGGACUUUUGUGUCUGUGCUUGUGUGUGUGGAAGUGGUAGAGGGCAUGCAUGUCAGUGCAUGUGUGGAAGUGCGUGUGUAAGUACGCGUGUAGGUAAGUGCUUGUGUAUAUGUUUGUGAAGUGUAACUGUGUGUGUGUGUGUGUGUCAUUUGCAGUUUGCUUAUGAAUGAAGAGAAACACAAGGAUGCGUUUUCCCUUGUAUGGGAAAGAUUCCCCAUAAGUGAAAGAAGUUUCCAGCAGGGAAGCCCCCCCCCCCCCCCCCCCCCCCCCUGUUUGCUGAAGCUUCUGUUCAGCAUAGUGACUGUGAAUGUGUACAAAAUGGAAUAUGCGCUAUGUAAUGCAAUCAGUGACGACCAGUGGAAAGGUCUUUUCUUCACGCUUUGGGUGCAGACGUUUGCUUCGACGUGUCAAUCUACAGUAUGUGUGUUUGCCGGCUCACAGUGAGUGCAUAUGUUGAUUGCAACUUUUUUCUACGUUAAAGACACUUUAGACUGAGCACUUUGUGCACGUUUGUCAGACAGCGAAUUGAGAAUGAGAAUUUAGUCAGAUUUCAUACAAAAAGUAGGGUUUACUUUUUUUUUGUUUUUUUGCCUGAUUUUUAAUUGAAUAUUUCCCUAUUGAAACUAUGGGGAAAGUUUUUGGUUUUUAUUCAUUUUUUUAAAGAAUAAAGGAUUUAGGGUUUACUUUUUUAGUGAAGUAUUCCCCAAAAUACUUAAUUCUAGCAUCAUUGUUUAUGACUUCCUACUAAUGAGAAUUUAGAAGGAUUCAAUAUGACAUUUUCAUUUUCCUUAAAUGCUAACUUAGUUUAAAAAAAAAAUUUUGUUUUAUAUACUUUUUCUGAGAAGUGUUUAUACAUCGCAGUGAAAACAUUACAUGGUUUACUUAAAAUUGAUUGAAAAAAAAAAAAAAAAAGUCUAAAACCAAAUAGUUUUUUGGAGGGGUUAAUCAUAUUAUUCAUUAUGAAAAACUUGUGGUUUAAAAAUAGUAUUUUGUUUUAUAAUUUUCAACUAAAUUCUCAUGAAAAUUGAAUAGGACAAAUAGGAAUGAUUAAGUAAAUGUUUAGCGUAUACAUUCAGUAACAUAUUUUAAGUAAAAAAAUAUUCUAAAAAAAUACGACAAAGAAGUUUACAAUCAAUUUUUGUUAAUGGGGAAAUGUGAUGUUCUAACAAUUGUUUUUUUGUUGUCUGUUAAAUUCCCGUGAGAACAUGUUUAGCAUCAGAUGUUAGACUGACUAUAUUGAGUGUAGUCUGUUUUAUUUUAAUAAUUAGACAAUGAGGAACCAUUUAUUAUCAAUGAACUUCAGUUUUAAGCUACAGCGUUUGUGUGAUUGGAGUCGUGUACUAUGAUGUACAUAUUUGAUGUUUUGCACGGAAAUUUUAUGAUUUGCAGGAGGUAGAUCUUAAGCCCCUUUGAAAUUUAACACGUGAGACUCACUUCUCCCGUCCAAAUAGUAUUAUAUUUCACAAUUAUGCGAUUGUGUCAAUAUCGCGCUUUUGUUGGGUUUUGUGUAAAAAGCUCCGAUGCGACAGGCUCUCUGUGUAAAAGAGGCGUUUAACGUUUCUAGCGUUAAACUGCGAACAUUGUUGUGUUCCUCUUGCUUUGCUUUUAUUAUUAUUGUUUCCAUAUUUCGGGUCUCCAGCUUGUUUUGGGUCUCCAGCUUGUUCUUGGUCACAUGUUGCGCAUUUGGGCGUCCAACUUCGUGCUCAACAGCAUUUUCAUUCAAGUUCAGUGGUACCUCGAUUUACAAGUUUAAUUUGUUCUGUGACCACACGUGUAUCUCAAAUCAACUUUCCCCAUUGAAAUCUUUGAAAAUGGCAUUGGUCUGUCGCAGCGCCCCACAAAAUACCAAGAAGUUUGUGUCAUGUGUUUUUUAAUAAGAUAAAUAGCACUAUAUAUUAUUGUACUGUAUAAAAAUAUACUGUAUUAACAUAACUAAAUAGACAUUUUUUUGCUAUAAUUCCAUAGAUGUGCUGCUGCCACCGGUGUGUGCGUGACAUGGAGAAUAUCAGUCUUUUUUCACAAAGCAGACUAUACGCCUGUGAGUAUCGUUAUGCUCUGUGUAGGUGUUUGCACCAUUUGUGUUCAAAUAUCAGUUGUUUAAAGGUUUAUAACAACCACAAUUUAGAUGCUAGUUUCGUUUAGCUUGAAGCAAGCACACUUGGCAUCUUUUUUGAUGAACUGUUCACUUUUCCGCUAAACUUAUAAAAACUAAACGAGCUCAAAAAGCAAAAAAAAUAAAUAAACAUCACCUGAGCGACGGCUUAUAACUGGAAAAACUUGUAAAUCGGGGCACUCAUAAGCCAUGGUACCACUGUAACUUCUUCCAAGCUGCAAUUUUAUUUGGAGCACCGACUCAUGAUGAAUGCCGUUUCAUUCAAAGCUAAGAACAAUGUAGACCUUCAGUGAUGUGUUAUUGUUCUCUUUCCAGUUAAGCCUUGUCAGUGUUGUAUCUGUGAUCGAUAAGCUUGCAACACAAUAAAUGUAAAUAUACCACA